AGGCAAAGGAAUGGCGGGAAAAGAGAAAUGGAGCGUCUGGUGGAGAGCAUUCGAGGGACAGAGCUCGCGGCUCUCCUGGAGGAGGUCGUGUUGUCGGAGCAUCCUUUCCUCCAGGAGGCUGAGAAGGGGGAAGGGGCAGGAACGGAAGGGAUUAAAGAUGAAUCAGAGGGUGGAAGAAGAUCGGCCCGACAAGGACCCCGCC